UCAAUUUUCGUGGUGUGGUGAACCCUGCUGCUGCUACUCUCUCUCUUACCUACAACUCUAAUCGCCUCUUCAGUCUUCACAUUCAGCCUUACAUCAGGGAUCUGCUGCUUUUUUGCUUCCAAAACACCGUCUUUCCUUGUUCUCUUUGUGUCGCACUGAAUCAAAUUACAAGCAUUCCUUGAGCUUUCUCCAUCUCUUCACUUUCUACACCUUUGCCAUUUUAUCAUCCAUUGCUAACUUCACUCACAGACACCUCUGAUCCCUUCACCACAUCUCUGUUUGGAACAGAAACUCUCCUCCCUUCAUUUCCUUGUUUAUUUUCAUUUCCUCUACUCUCUUCUUAUUUUCCUCUUAUUUUCUCAUCGGUUCCCAUCUGUUUUCCGACAAAACCAAAUUCUCAAAAAAAGAAAAAAAAAAAAUAUUCUCAUCUGUCUUCAUAGUCGGGUAAUCUAAAUUCAGCCUUACAUCAGGGAUCUGCUUGCUUUUUGCUUGUGUUUUGUCACACUGAAUCAAAUUGUACGCAUUCCUUGAGCUUUCUCCACCUCCACUCCCUACUUCUUUUUUAGCUUCACUCAUAUUCACUUCUGAUUCUGCUUUUCAUUUUCUUGGUGACCCGUCUCUCUGCCCCGUCCAUUUCUUCCACUCUCUUAGUUUAGUUUCCUCUUGUUCCUGCUUUCAAUUGUUUCUGUUUUUUCCUCAUUUCCCUUCUGUUUUCCCAAAAAAAAAAAAAAAAUCCAACUGAGACGAAAUGACAGAGAUCGUUAGUGCCGUUGUUGAAAAAGUUUCAGAGUACUUGGUUGCUCCAAUUGGACGCCAGCUUAGUUAUCUGUUUUGCUACCGCAGCCACAUGGAUGAACUCGACAAGAAGAUUCAGGAAUUGGGGCGUGUGAGGGGUGACCUUCAGAUAACUGUUGAUGCAGCUAUUAGAAGUGGGGAUGAAAUCAGACCUAUUGUUCAAGACUGGCAGACUCGGGCAGACAAGAAGACACGGGAGGCAAAGACAUUCAUGGAAGAUGAAAAGAACAGAACCAAGAGCUGUUUCAAUGGGUGGUGUCCUAACCUCAUGUCACGUUACCAGCUAGGCAGAGAAGCACACAAGAAGGCGCAGGUUAUUGCUGAAAUCAGAGAACACCGCAAUUUCCCCGAUGGCGUAUCAUAUAGUGCCCCCGCCCCGAACGUGACUUAUAAAAAUGAUGACCCUUUUGAAUCAAGAACAUCAAUUUUGAAUGAAAUAAUGGAUGCAUUGAGAGAUGAUAAGAACAGCAUGAUUGGGGUAUGGGGAAUGGGCGGUGUGGGCAAAACCACGCUGGUAGAACAAGUAGCUGCACGAGCUAAGCAACAGAAGUUAUUUGACAGAGUAGUGAUGGCAUAUGUAUCCCAAACUGUGGACUUGAAGAAAAUCCAAGCACAGAUUGCAGAUGCGUUAGGUUUGAAAUUUGAGGAGGAGAGCGAAACCGGAAGAGCAGGGCGGCUUAGUCAGAGGUUGACACAAGAGAAGAAGCUUCUCAUAAUUUUAGAUGAUCUUUGGGCGGGCCUUGCUUUGAAGGCCAUCGGGAUCCCUUCGGAUCAUAGAGGGCUGAAAAUGGUGCUGACUUCUAGAGAGCGUGACGUUUUGUCUAGGGAGAUGGGCACCCAAGAGAAUUUUGCUGUUGGACAUUUGCCGCCAGGAGAAGCAUGGAGUUUAUUUAAAAAAAUGACAAGUGAUUCAAUUGAGAAACGUGAUUUGAAACCUACAGCAGAGAAGGUGCUUGAAAAAUGCGCGGGUUUGCCUAUUGCAAUUGUUAUAGUUGCAAAGGCAUUAAAUGGGAAGGAUCCGAUUGCAUGGAAGGAUGCCCUACGACAACUGACACGAUCUAUUGAGACCACUGUUAAAGGAAUUGAAGCAAAAAUCUUCCUCACUCUAGAGUUGAGCUACAAUUCCUUGUACAGUAAUGAGGUGAAGUCAUUCUUCCUGCUUUGCGGUUUGUUGCCUUAUGGUGAUACUCCAAUUGAUAACUUGUUUAAAUAUGGUGUGGGUCUCGAUUGGUUCCAAAACAUCAAUUCAUUGGAAGAAGCCUGGGAUAGACUGCAUACGUUGAUUGACAACCUCAAAGCUUCAAGUUUAUUGCUAGAAAGUGAUGAUGAUGAAUGUGUCAGAAUGCAUGACAUUGUUCGUGAUGUCGCCAGAGGAAUUGCAUCCAAGGAUCCUCAUCGAUUUGUAGUAAGGGAAGACGAUCGAUUGGAAGAAUGGUCAAAGACUGAUGAAUCCAAAAGCUGCACUUUCAUCUCUUUGAAUUGCAGAGCCGCCCAUGAGCUUCCUAAAUGCUUGGUAUGUCCCCAACUUAAAUUUUGUCUAUUGGACAGCAACAAUCCUUCUUUGAAUAUCCCGAACACAUUUUUCGAAGGGAUGAAAGGACUCAAAGUUUUAGAUUUGUCCUACAUGUGUUUUACAACACUACCUUCAUCACUUGAUUCCCUUGCAAAUCUUCAAACAUUAUGUCUAGAUGGGUGCACGUUGGUAGACAUUGCUCUGAUUGGAAAGCUAACGAAACUACAAGUUCUUAGCUUGAGGCGUUCUACAAUCCAACAAUUGCCUAAUGAAAUGGUGCAAUUGACCAAUCUAAGGCUGUUGGACUUGAACUAUUGCUGGGAACUUGAAGUUAUUCCACGGAAUAUCUUAUCAAGUUUGUCUCGAUUAGAAUGUUUAUACAUGAAUAGGUUUACUCAAUGGGCGAUUGAAGGUGAAAGCAAUGCUUGUUUAUCUGAGCUAAAUCAUUUGUCUCGCUUGACAAUUUUAGAUUUGGAUCUACAUAUACCAGAUAUCAAGUUGCUACCAAAAGAAUACACGUUCUUGGAGAAGCUAACAAGGUAUUCAAUAUUUAUAGGCGAUUGGGGGUCCUACCAAUAUUGUAAAACGUCAAGAACAUUAAAGCUCAAUGAGGUUGAUAGAAGCUUAUAUGUGGGAGAUGGAAUUGGCAAGUUAUUAAAGAAGACUGAAGAACUAGUGUUAAGGAAAUUGAUUGGUACUAAAAGUAUUCCCUAUGAAUUAGAUGAGGGUUUUUGUGAGCUGAAGCAUCUUCACGUUAGUGCAAGUCCAGAGAUUCAAUAUGUCAUUGAUUCGAAGGAUCAACGAGUUCAACAACAUGGUGCCUUUCCUUUAUUAGAGUCGUUGAUUCUUGAUGAGUUGAUUAACUUGGAAGAAGUGUGUUGUGGCCCAAUUCCAGUAAAGUUUUUUGAUAACUUAAAAACUCUGGAUGUGGAGAAAUGUCAUGGAUUGAAAUUUCUCUUUUUACUUUCCAUGGCUAGAGGCCUUCUGCAACUUGAAAAAAUAGAGAUAAAAAGUUGCAAUGUCAUACAACAAAUAGUUGUCUGUGAAAGCGAAUCAGAGAUAAAAGAAGAUGACCAUGUUGAGACCAACUUACAACCAUUCCCUAAAUUACGAUCUUUGAAACUUGAGGAUCUACCAGAGCUCAUGAACUUUGGCUACUUCGACUCUAAGUUGGAAAUGACAUCGCAAGGAACGUGUUCCCAAGGCAAUCUUGAUAUUCACAUGCCGUUUUUCAGAUAUAAGGUUUCAUUCCCUCUUAAUUUGGAGGAGUUGGUUCUAAAACAACUUCCCAAGUUGAUGGAGAUGGAUGUUGGGAACCUUCCAAACUUAAGAAUCCUACGGGUAGAAGAACUAUGUCUUUUGUCUAAGGUUUCAUUCCCUCUUAAUUUGGAGGAGUUGGUUCUAAAUCGACUUCCCAAGUUGAUGGAGAUGGAUGUUGGGAACCUUCCAAACUUAAGAAUCCUACGGGUAGAAGAACUAUGUCUUUUGUCUAAGGUUUCAUUCCCUCUUAAUUUGGAGGAGUUGGUUCUAAAACGACUUCCCAAGUUGAUGGAGAUGGAUGUUGGGAACCUUCCAAACUUAAGAAUCCUAUGGGUAGAAGAACUAUGUCUUUUGUCUAAGGUUUCACUUUCUCCUAAUUUGGAGGAGAUAGUUCUAAAAAGUCUUCCAAAAUUGGAGGAGAUAGAUUUUGGGAUCCUCCCAAAGUUAAAAAUCCUAAACGUUGAGAAACUACCUCAAUUAGUUUUGUCUUCUUCAAUGUUCAAGAAUUUUCACAAUCUCAAAGAGUUACAUAUCAUUGAUUGUGGGAUGGAAGACAUGAGAGGUGUCAAUACUUCUACUAAUGAUGAAGUGCUCUUCAAUGAAAAGGCUUCAUUCCUAGAAUCAAGACCCUCCACUCUGAACGAUAUUAUGGAUGCCUUAAGAGACGACAAUAUCAACUUGAUUGGAGUAUGGGGCAUGGCCGGUGUGGGCAAAACAACACUGCUGAAACAAGUGGCUCAACAAGCUAAGCAACAGCGGUUGUUCACCAGACAAGCUUAUAUGGAUGUAUCCUGGACUCGAGACUCGGAUAAACGUCAAGAAGGAAUUGCUAAACUUCGACAAAGAAUUGCAAAAGCGUUGGGCUUACCACUUUGGAAGCUCAAUGCGGAUAAACUGAAGCAGGCACUGAAGGAAGAGAAGAUCCUUAUUAUCUUAGAUGAUAUUUGGACGGAAGUUGAUUUGGAGCAAGUCGGAAUUCCUUCUAAAGAUGAUAUUUGGACGCAAUGCAAAAUAGUGUUGGCUUCGAGAGAUGGAGACCUAUUAUGCAAAGGCAUGGGCGCACAAAUUUGUUUUCCAGUGGAAUAUUUACCACUAGAAGAAGCUUGGAGUUUGUUUAAGAAGACAGCAGGUGAUUCCAUGGAGGAGAAUCUUGAACUGCAACCCAUAGCCAUUCAAGUAGUUGAAGAAUGUGAGGGUCUACCAAUUGCAAUUGUAACAAUUGCCAAGGCAUUAAAAAAUGAGACCGUGGCUGUAUGGGAGAAUGCCUUGGAACAACUUAGGAGUUGUGCACCAACAAACAUUAGAGCAGUGGAUAGGAAGGUUUACUCAUGUCUGGAGUGGAGCUACACCCAUUUGAAGGGUGAUGACGUUAAGUCAUUGUUCUUACUUUGUGGGAUGUUGGGCUAUGGUGAUAUUUCAUUGGAUCUCUUGUUAAGAUAUGGUAUGGGUCUGGAUUUGUUUGAUCGCAUCGACUCAUUGGAGCGAGCAAGAAAUAGACUACUUGCAUUGGUGGAAAUCCUCAAAGCCUCAGGCUUGUUACUUGACAGUCAUGAAGAUACACACAUGUUUGAUGAAGAAAUAGAUUCAAGUUUGCUUUUCAUGGAUGCUGAUAACAAGUUUGUGAGGAUGCACAGUGUUGUUCGUGAAGUUGCCAGAGCAAUUGCAUCCAAGGAUCCUCAUCCAUUAGUAGUCAGAGAAGAUGUUAGAGUGGAAGAAUGGUCAGAGACUGAUGAAUCCAAAAGGUGCGCUUUCAUCUCUUUGCAUUGCAAAGCUGUGCAUGACCUUCCUCAAGAGUUGGUAUGGCCGGAACUUCAAUUUUUUCUAUUGCAGAACAACAAUCCUCCCUUGAAUAUCCCGAACACAUUUUUCGAAGGGAUGAAAAAACUCAAAGUUUUGGAUUUGUCCCAUAUGCAUUUUACAACACUACCAUCAUCACUUGAUUCCCUUGCAAAUCUCCGAACAUUGCAUCUGGAUGGGUGCGAGUUGGGAGACAUUGCUCUAAUUGGAAAGCUAACGAAACUAGAAGUUCUUAGCUUGGUGGGUUCUACAAUCCAACGAUUGCCUAAAGAAAUGAUGCAACUAACUAAUCUAAGACUCUUGGAUUUGGAUUAUUGCAAGAAGCUUGAAGUAAUUCCACGAAAUAUCUUAUCAAGUUUGUCUCGAUUAGAAUGUUUGAGCAUGAUGUCUGGCUUUACUAAAUGGGCAGUUGAAGGUGAAAGCAAUGCUUGUUUAUCAGAGCUAAAUCAUUUGUCUUAUUUGACAACUUUAUUUAUAGAAAUACCAGAUGCUAAGUUGCUACCAAAAGACAUUCUAUUUGAGAACUUGACAAGAUAUGUGAUAUCUAUAGGUAAUUGGGGGGGGUUCAGAACCAAAAAAGCAUUGGCGCUCGAAGAAGUCGAUAGAAGCUUAUAUUUGGGGGAUGGAAUAAGCAAGUUGUUGGAGAGAAGUGAAGAACUAAGGUUCUGGAAAUUAAGUGGUACUAAAUAUGUGCUUUACCCAUCAAAUAGGGAGAGUUUUCGUGAACUGAAGCAUCUUGAAGUUUUUUACAGUCCCGAGAUUCAAUAUAUCAUUGAUUCAAAGGAUCAAUGGUUUCUGCAACAUGGUGCUUUUCCUCUAUUGGAGUCAUUGAUUCUUGAUACUCUGGAAAUUUUUGAAGAAGUAUGGCAUGGCCCAAUUCCAAUAGGGUCUUUUGGUAACUUAAAAACUCUAGAAGUGGAGUCAUGUCCUAAAUUGAAAUUUCUCCUUCUGUUUUCCAUGGCUAGAGGCUUUUCCCAACUUGAAGAAAUGACAAUAGAAGAUUGCGAUGCCAUGCAACAAAUAAUCGCAUAUGAAAGGGAGUCAGAAAUAGAAGAAGAUGGACAUGUUGGGACCAACUUGCAACUAUUCCCUAAAUUGCGAUCCUUGAAACUCAAGAAUCUACCACAGCUCAUCAACUUCAGUUCCGAGUUAGAAACAACAUCUUCCACAUCUUUGAGUACAAAUGCAAGGUCGGAAGACUCAUUUUUUAGUCAUAAGGUUUCAUUCUCUAAGUUAGAGGAGUUGACACUCAAAGAUUUGCCCAAGCUAAAGGAUAUAUGGCAUCAUCAACUUCCAUUUGAAUCCUUCUCCAAUCUACAGAUCUUAAGGGUGUACGGAUGUCCAUGUCUACUCAAUCUUGUCCCAGCUCAUUUGAUACACAACUUCCAGAAUUUAAAAGAGAUGGAUGUGCAAGAUUGUAUGCUCCUAGAGCAUGUGAUUAUUAAUCUUCAAGAAAUUGAUGGAAAUGUCGAGAUCCUCCCAAAGUUAGAAACCUUGAAAUUGAAGGACUUGCCUAUGCUAAGAUGGAUGGAAGACGGGAAUGACAGGAUGAAACAUAUUUCCUCUCUUCUGACACUCAUGAAUAUUCAAAACCUUCAAGAACUACAUAUCACUAAUUGUAGUAUGGAAGACCUACGGAAGAUGUAGUACUCUUUUGUGAGAAGGUACACUGGAUAUACUUUAUGUUCUGCCCUAUUUGAGAUGAAGUACAGAUGCAGCCUUUGAAAGAGAAACUAUUAAUGAAGUUUGAGAAAUUGUCAAUGAUGUUUCCUUCAAUCACUUCCUUCAUUUGAUAGAGUUUAUUUAUUCAAGCAUCAUUGUUAUAUCCCUAAUAAAAUUGUUUGUUAAGUGUGUGGUGUUGCACAAUGAUGAAAGUUUUAUAUAUUAGUAUUCGAUUUCUUGUA